UACAGGAAUCAUGCCUAGACGAAUUUGAGUACAUGGUUACUCCACCAAGGCAUCUCGUUCAACAAAUUUACCUGUAUAUCAAUCUUCCACGAUAUUCCUGCUCUUCUUGUGAGCAAGACCCGCACGCAGCUACGCUACAACCUGAAGCUAUCUUUAGGCGCGCUAAGCUAAAGCUGUUUUCUGUUCUUGUCACCUGGCAGCCCACAGGUCGCCUAGUAUUAGAGCUCAACGUCUCUUCACCUCAACACUGGCUCACAAAUUGCCCAUUUGGAAACCAACAUGGGAUCCAUCAGCAGGCAGCUCCCAUAAAUAGAAGGCAUGGCCCAGAACUCGUCUGGGUCAACUGUCAACUUGUCAACGGUCAAUGGGUCAAUAAUCCAGGUGUAGAGGCUACAGUGCACCUCUUCACCCCGUGCUGUACUUCCCUUCCGGAAGAUCUCCCCACUGUUCAAGCGGUCACAGGGCUUGUGGUACGUCAACAGAUUCGGCACCUUGGGGACUGCGCGAGACUGACACUGUUACGGGAGAAACUCCCUCGACUGGAAAGUAUCGUCUUAGAGUGAUAUGAUUCUUAAUCGCGGUAGCCCAAAUAUGGAAUGGCUUUGUUGUUAGAUCAAGCGCCUGUUCAAUUUUCCUUUCUAUAAGUCCUCGAUAGACCUGGUCUCCCUGGCUCCUAGUCGAAAUAAUCGAAUACAACUCGUUGAUUGCAUUGGCAAAGCGACUGGACUCGAUACGAAAUCCGGAAAAGGGCUUACACCCAAUCUUUAGCAGAGGCAGGGAAAGCCAGAUCUCUUCGGCUCCAUGUUUCCAUCAGACCUAGGUAGUCAGCAGAGUUCA